UCUCUCUCUCUCUCUGGUCGUAAGGGAGGACAGACGCACCUGCAUCUCUCCACUGACCGCUCAUUCACAAGAGGACAUUGCAUCUCCAGAAGCUGAAUUUUCGCCUCAUGGAGUUUUCAUUCUUGCUUUAUUUCCCCGUGUUUAUUUGCUAAAGUUUUGACGAAGUGUAAUGAGGGUUUGAGGAUGCGUUUAUUGGAGAUGUAUCACUGAUGCAUCUCGCUCAGUAUCCAGCAGAACAUCAGCAUGAUGGAAUAGGCGUUUCUCUCCCCUCCUUCACAAUGGGAUUAUUCAAACUUUAUUUCGCGCUUUGCACUCUCGGACUUUUCUAUGCUUCGGGUUUCGGGGUUGAUCCAGCAUUACAUGUGGAUAUCUUCGAGGAAUUUGAUAAUCUGAGGUCAAGUGCUGGAGUUUCCCAGGUCCAGGGGUUCCACAAUGAGACCAGAGCAUAUCUGUUUGAAGGCACAUCAAGGAAUGCAAGAGCUUCCCUCAAGGCAGCAGAGAGAAUUCUUCAGAAGCUGAGAGGAAGAACUGAGUUUACUCUUCUACUGACCCUCAAACAGGAGAAAUUUAGUUCCGGAGUGCUGCUGUCCAUCCACUAUGGAGAACAGAGGUUUCUGGAGGUAGAGAGCAGCGGUCUGCGUAAUGAGAUCCGUCUCUUCUUCCAAACCUCAGACCGGCGGCAACAGAGAGAGGUCUUCCCUUAUAGUCUAGCAGAUGGACAUUGGCACAAAGUUUCCCUGGCAUUCAGCGCCACCCAAGUGGUGCUCCAUAUUGACUGCAACAGAAUUUAUGAAAGGAUUGUGGAGAUGCCAUCUAUGGACUUUCCCAGAGGAACAAAUAUCUGGCUUGGUCAAAGAAAUGAUGCCCAUGGGUUUUUCAGGGGAGUGAUGCAAGAUGUUCAGUUGGUAGUCAUACCCCAUGGAUACAUCAUCCAAUGUCCAGAUCUCAACCGUACUUGUCCCACUUGUAAUGAUUUCCAUGGGCUGGUUCAGAAGAUCAUGGAACUUCAAGAUAUUUUGGGUAAAACAUCAAGCAAGUUGGCACUUGCAGAAGAGAAGAUGAAGUACUUGGAUGGCUGUUACUGUGAGAGGACAUGCACCCUAAAUCGAGAGAUAUACAGGGACGAUGAUGCUUGGAUAGAUGGAUGCAGAAACUGCACAUGCUCAAAUGGUACAGUGGAGUGCGAGAGUAUUUUCUGCCCACCACCUCAGUGUCCCCCUGAUACAGCUCCAAUCUACAUGCCUGGAGCUUGCUGUAAAGAAUGCCAGCCCGUUUGUCUGUUCAGAGGAAGAGUGUACGUGGAAGGUGAUCGCAAGAGCGUACAUGACUCUGAAGGAAACUGUCUGCUGUUUGAAUGCAGGGAUCGAAGUAUGCGUAGGGUUGAGAUCACUUCUUGUCCAGAGCUAAACUGCCCGGAAUCAGAGCAGAUCACACUCACAGACCGCUGCUGUAAAGUGUGCAGAGGGCACGAUUUCUGUGCUGAGGCUGCGGGUCACAGCCGCAAUUGUGUGGAGAAUUCGGACUGCAUUAACCUAGAAGCAGGAGCUUUCUGCAGCUGUAAAGAAGGUUACCAUGCACUCAGGGACGACAGCGCCUACUGCCAAGAUAUCGAUGAGUGUGCGGAGGGGAAACACUACUGCAGGGAGAACACAAUGUGUUUGAACACACCCGGCUCCUUUAUGUGUGUCUGCAACACCGGCUAUGUCCGGAUUGAUGAUUACUCCUGCACAGAGCACGAUGAGUGUGUGCGUGAACUGAAUACCUGUGAUGAAAACGCUCUUUGCUUUAAUACGGUUGGCGGACACAGUUGCUCCUGUAAACCAGGGUACGUCGGUAACGGAACCGUCUGCAGAGCGCUGUGUGAGGGCCAGUGUCUCAAUGGAGGUUCCUGCGUCUCUCCAGAUACCUGCAUCUGCCAGCAGGGCUUCACUGGAAAGAGAUGUGAGACAGACAUCGAUGAGUGCUCUGAUGGAUUUGUGGAGUGUGACAGUCGAGCCACUUGCGUCAACCUACCUGGCUGGUAUCACUGCGAGUGUCGCGAUGGCUACCAUGACAACGGAAUGUUCUCGGCCAAUGGAGAGUCAUGUGAAGACAUUGAUGAAUGUGAGAUGGGGCGGCACAGCUGUGCUAAUGACACCGUGUGCUUUAACGUGGACGGAGGUUAUGACUGCCGCUGCCCGCACGGUAGGAACUGCACGGGUGACUGCGCCCAUGACGGGAAGGUGAAACACAAUGGGCAGAUUUGGGUGCUGGAUGACGACAGGUGCUCGGUCUGCUCUUGUCAGUCAGGGUUGGUGAUGUGUAGACGGAUGGUGUGUGAUUGUGAGAAUCCCACAGUGGAUGUAUUGUGCUGUCCUGAAUGCGAUCCUCGCUUGAGUUCUCAGUGUUUGCAUCAGAACGGUCUGCUAGCGUACAGCAACGGAGAGACCUGGGAGGAGAACUGCCAGCAGUGCCAGUGCAUGAGGGGUGAAGUGGACUGCUGGCCGAUAUCGUGUGCGCCGGUGGCUGACUGUGAGUUUACAGUGGUUCCAGAGGGCGAGUGCUGUCCACGCUGCGUCACGGACCCCUGCCUGGCCGAUACCAUUCGGAAUGACAUCACCAAGAGCUGCGUGGAUGAAUAUGGGAUCACUCGCUUCAGCGGCUCUGCUUGGACCAAGCACGGCACGGAGUGUUCCCUCUGCCAGUGCAAGAAUGGUCACAUCUGUUGUUCUGUGGACCCUUUGUGCCUUUAGUCCUAUUCAAAGGCAAAAUGUCUGACUACUUCUUCUUUUCUCGCUCUUCUUUUGUCUGUUUUACUUUUCCCCCUUUCUGUCUCGGCUCUCUGUACAGUUCCAUCCCCUUCAGAAGAUCAUUUUAUACCAAAUCCUCACAUGUAUUAUAACAUAAACAAUAUACAGAUAGCUAAGUCACUCAUAACACAAGAUAAGGUAACUAUCAGAAAACUGAAUCAUUUUAGCUUUGAACAGUUUUACAGAUUUGCUUGAUGCAUUUGAUAAGAUGUUUAUUUGUCAUUUAUCGAUUACCAUCGGAAACCAUGACACAAUAUUCAGAUAAAGAGGUCAAGUUUCACUAAUUCCAUUAAAUUUUCAGGGUUCAAUAUCAAAGCUAUGUUGAAAAAAAAAUAAAGGUUGUAACCUUGUUAACAUUGAUGCCAUUGUUUUCUGCUUGAUGGGUUCAACAGACUGCAGACAUGGUAAAAUCCUUUGUAAUUGACCUACAGGUCUUACCAGUAUUUACUUCUUUCAGUAUUAAUGGUUACUCCGUUCCCUCCCGGGGAAAAUAUGAUCUUGAUGUUGUGAAUAGUUAAUUUAAUGUGUUUGUUUCUCAUGUCUCUUGAAUUCUGUCUUUACUUUGAUGUUUUAUGUUGCACCUUCUGUCAAAUUGAUGUUUUGUUUCCUUCAGUGGCUCGGUGCACUAUUGUGACAUGGUGAAAUAAAAGGUUUCCAUUGAAAAAUA